AUGAAAUUUGAAGAAAUCUUUAGUGAUGUUGAAUCAGAUGCUUCUAAUGCCAGAACAGACUACGCAUUCAUGAACGUGAAGCCAUACUAUGACUUGAAUGAAUCAGAAGAGUUCCAGUUCAAACUCGAACCAUGUGAAAAUACUAAGCCCAAUUUAUCACUCACUUCGCUCCUCAGUGAUGCCAGCAGCAAAGAUGCGUUGGGUAGCAGCGUCGAAUUCGUUAAUCAAGAUGAGAACGAAGCAGAUGAUUCCGUGUUGAAUGCGUCUCCUUUUUCCAACACAAAAACCAAAUUGUCCGAAGUCAAUGAUAUAACGAAUAAGAGAAGCAAAGUAGAGGAUUUUAUUACACCGACACAAGUUAUGAAGUUGCUUACAAGGCGAAUUGACAAGGGUUUCAUAAUAUUCGACUGUAGGAAGUUUGCUGACUUCAAGAACAGCCAUAUUAGAAUGGCAACAUAUUUCAAGGGACUUCCUGAACUGUAUAACAUGGCUAAAGAGAAGUCGAUGAUUGUGUUGUAUUUUGAUGAGUUCUCAAAUGCACAAAUCAACCUAUUUGAGAAGAUCAAGAGGAUUCUACCGCAAAAGAAGACUGUUGUGAUCGAAGGAGACUUUAGAGGAUUCUACAACGAGUAUCCAUUCUUCACAGAAAGUACAAUUUGA